GGGAUCUGCGGCACAAUGAGCGCGCAGCCAAUCACAGACACCCUCUGAUAAAGGUCGACCAAUGUCCGGAGGUGUCUUAUUUACAUAGACACGAGAAGAGCCAAUCAGGAGUCAGCACUGGAGCAGAUUUUGACUCCUCUGCCCAAUGGCUGUGGGAGAUUCGGAGUUUUGGGGAGUGCAUAUAAUCAACAUAUUAUCGAAGGUGCUUAGAUAUUGAUCCCGUAUUUCGAGUGAGUUCAAAUUCGCCUCUACUGGACGUUAGGGUUUGACCUUUUUUCCCCGUGCUCGUUGGAGAAUAAUUCACGCGUAAAAUGCCGAAGAGAAAGUCUGCAGAGGAUUCUGAGGGCAAGGAUGCCUCCAAAGUCACAAAGCAAGAGAAACCUGCUUUAGCCAAGCCUGAGGCCAAGCCCAAGAAGGCCAUUGUCAAGAAAGUUGCUGACGAUAAGGGUGCGAAGGCAAAGAAAGUCGGCACUAAGGGUAAGAGGGAUGACGGCCCCGCCCACAACGGAGAGAGCAAGACUAACGAGAUCUACGUGUCUCGUCCCUCUGUCAGUGUGUCUUUCAUCAGAAGCACGGCUCCCUCCUUGAUGUCAGUGAGAGGGCAGAGUGAGACAGUCAGAGUUAAGGACAGCCGGCUCUACCAGAAGAGGCAGAGGAAAUAAGAGGAGAUGAUACCUGCAUAUACUAAAGGAGUUAUGCGUUUCAGUAUCUGACGCAGCAGUGGAGGCGACUGAGGAGAAGGCGUAAAGACACGGACGCGUCCACGACUCGUCCCUUCUGACACCAUGGCAGCAAAGCUUUUUUUUUUACUGACGAUUUUUGUACCAUGCUGAUUUUUUUUAGACUUGUUAGUAGAGAUGGACAACCAGCAGCAUAAUGUUCACACUCCUUUCAGCUCCCCUUACGCUAUAUUUUCGCUCGAUUCUCCUCCCUCCUGCGUUCUGAAUUGCUUUUCUCAGAAACAGAAUGAAGUGUUUUUAUCAGGCGGCUGCAGAUGUUCUUCAUAUUACCUGAAGGGGGCUGUAAACACGACUGUUAUGAUCUGUAAACCAGCUCUGCUUCUAUUUGUAGUUUCUACAAACGAUCAUUAUGAUUCGCACUCCCCCUGAUGGUCAAGGUGAGGGUUUUUGGAUCAAUUUUGGAUACAGAGCUACAAGAAACUAGGUCCAUAAUCCUACGUAGAACAUUGCAGCUUUUUUCUAAAAGAAAAGUUAGUUUCUAGAAUCAGCACCACUAUGUUUCACAUAACUCCUUUUGUAUUUCUGAUAGAGUGGAUGUGUUUGUAGGUCUCUGUGUUUUACUCCCCCCCCCCCCUCCACACACUCCCUUUCUUUAUCGUUUACCCCCCCAAUGGCCUUGUCCUGCAGAAGAUUGACAUGGCAAUGAGUGGUGCUUCUGUUUUAGACGGCUCUAUUUGCUUUGGACCCUUUGGGCUCUUCUGAGUUUCAUCCUGUUGGGAGACUAUUUUGAAAAUAAAAUAAAAAGUUGAUGUCA